GGUCUACAACCAUCUAUUCGAAAUCCAAUUCUAGUUGAUCAAUCCAGAAGCUUGACUUAAUCGACAUAAGCCACCAACUACAAAGUAGACUUUUGAUAUAUCCUUUACGAUGUCUGACCCCAUUGUGGAAGAGGUGAGCGAUGGAGCUGCGGGAGUUUUUGAUACCAUUACGAAAACUCAAGAAUUUGAGGAACUAAGAGAAGGCCUUAAGACUGUUAACCAUGGAUUGGGCGAUCUCUCAGACAGAUCUAUUUUACAGAAUCUAUUAACUUUUAUUGUCUUCGUCUUCAAGUCACCAUUUAACAUGAUCUCAUCGUUCCCGUUCCUCGCAUAUUCGAUACCCGCGUCAGUCGCCUCUUUCAUAGCUGCACCUUUUCAGCUUUUAUUAUCGAUUCCUGGAUUUAUUUUACAACUUGGGAUCGCACUUAAUCGAACACUCGCAAGCUUUAGAGCCGGCGUGUUGGCUGCAGGGCUUUUCCUAAUAUUAGUAUCUCUACCAAAUAGUAAACUAGGACGAGGAAUGGGAGCACUUCAUAAUUUUCUCUGCUGGGCACCUGUUUAUUCUGCAAUCCUGCUCCUUUCAACCAACUCCGAAUCCUCACGCGAACUCUUUGCUACUAUCCACGAUUUCUUCGCAUCCAGUCCCUGGUCAGCAGCUUUUGCCUCCUUUUUUGUCUUUAAGUUCUUGAAGGUAGUCGUCCAUCUAUUUUCCUACAACUUUCUCUCAAGCUACAAACUUCCGCCGCUCCACCCAUCUGUUGUACCAAGCGAUGUUACGGUGAUUAUAGCAAGCGUUGGUGAUUUUGCCGACGAGAUCGUCAGGACUGUCGAAUUAAUCCUCAAAAAUAACCCAGCUAAAAUCAUAAUCUCGACAGUUGGAACCGAAAAACUCAUACAAGCUCGCAGAGUUGUUGAAGAAAUAAUGAGAGAUAAAGGCCUUCCAGGACGAAAGAUCGAAGUAAUUGCUAUUCACCAACCUAGCAAACGCGCUCAAUGUGUCCAAGCUUCUCUUCAGGUCAGAACUGGAAUCAUUGCCUAUGUCGAUGAUCAUGUCUUCUGGCCUGCUAGUUUCUUCCAAAGUGUUCUCUCGGAGUUUGAAGAUCCAGCUGUGGGUAUUGUUGGAACUCGCAAACGUGUCAUCCGCGAUUCUGGAGAUAAUUGGUCAGAUUCCCUUCGCAAUUUCUUCGCUUGCAUCUACCUUGAUCGCCAUAAUUAUGAAAUGACUUCAACCUACAACAUAGACGGUGGAGUAUGGGUUAUCUCUGGAAGAACGUGUUUAGUCCGAGCAGAUAUCGUGCAAUCAGUCGAAUACAGAAGAAGAUUCCUUUCCGAAACUUUCUUGGGGGCUGGUCCAGCUAAUUGCGAUGAUGAUAAUUUCACCACCAGAUACAUGAUUAAUCAUGGCUACAAAACUGUAUUUCAUAACAGACCAGAAGCUCUUAUUGAAACAAGUCUAGGCACAUCAGGCGGCUGGCCCAAAUUCUAUCAACAACUUCUCCGCUGGUCCCGAUCAAUCUGGCGCUCCCAUUCCAAAACCAUCUUCAUCGAUGGAACAUGUUGGAAAGUUUGUCCCUGGACUAGCUACGCCAUGUUUGUCUCUGGAUUGCUUAACAUCUCUAUUAUCUAUGAUUUUCUCCUGUUCUUCACACUCUUCAAAUCCGAAUUUUACACCGAGAACAAUCAUGUUGGUGCAUAUCUUUUUUGGGCACUAAUUUUCAGCCGUAUGAUUAAGCCGUGGCCGUAUUACAUGCGCAAUAAACAUGAGAUGUGGUGGGCUGUACCAGCAGAACUCCUUUUCGGCUAUUUUCAUGGACUCGUUAGGUUGAAUGCGCUCUUGACUUGUCGUGAAAUUGGUUGGAGUGGAAGAGAUUUGUCGAGUUUGGGAUCAGAUGUAAAACAUCAAUAAGAGUAUAAUCUGGUCUGAAUAUGGUAUGGGGUGUUGGGUAAGGGCGAACAGGAAUUAGUUUGCA